AGAAUUCGUGGCAUCUUUGGUUUCCUGAGUGCGCACCGUGACGCCUCUCACCCUCAUUAAAGAAGUGAUUUCAACCACUACAUAGAAGUCAGGCACCACAAACUGCACCAGCAGCCCUCACUCCAUCGGUACAUACACACAUACAUCCACACGGAGAGGCAGCGACAGAACGGUGUUUUAUGCCCACUUGCGUUUCGUGCGCUUCUCUCCCUUUUUUUAUGUUUGUCUUCGCAUGCGCACUCUCGCACACCCGCGCACACGUUCGUUGACCACAAACCUCACUGCAGUUUGCAAGAAGGAAAAGAAGAAAGAACAACUGUAUUCGAUCCGCUUCAUGCGAGCGUUGUCUCGAUGCACCAAACCACGUUCGAGAGCUUCUUCGCUCCAAAGAAGCGCGCUGCCCCGGCGAGCCCUUCUACGGCCGUUGUGGAGACGACGUCCGCAUCUGCUGAUGUGCCAGAGGAAGAUAGGAAGCGGGUACGUGUAGAGGCGGAGGACAGAAAAGUGACGGAUGGGGCAGAGACGACCGCCUCCAACCCCACCUGCACGUGGAAUGAGCCUACUAACGCGUACUACGCGCAUCACAUCGCGGAGUACAAGUCGCUGGCCGCCGAUGUGGCCGACCCAUCUGCUACGUCCAUGGCGAGGUUAUUCCUGGAGAGCACGUUCGAUCCAGUGAAGUCCUUUGAAGUUGUGUGGCGCGCCCCGCCAACAGCAGCUGCCGCGGCGAGCACCGCCGCACCGCUCAAGUCGGAGCCAGUCCCCUUCUCUGCCGUGGUGGACGUGUUGGCCGACAUCAGCGCGACGGGGUCCCGCCUGGAGUGCGUGCGCCACCUCACUUUUUUGCUCCUCGCAGUGAUGGAGCGCUGUCCGGAGGACUUGGUGCCGGUGAUGUACCUCGUCAUCAACAAGCAAGCGCCCCAGCACGAAGGCGUGGAGCUGGGGAUUGGCGAUGCCGUGCUGGUCAAGGUGGUCGCCGAGUGCUGUGGAAUGACGGAGGCGCGUGUGAAGGAGGAGUACCGGAAAACCGGUGAUUUGGCCGAGAUUGCCCAGAACCACAAGCAGCAGCAGAGAACGCUGAUGCAGCCGAGACCCCUCUCGGCACGGCACGUCUUCAACACCUACAGGGAGAUUGCGAUGAUGAGCGGCAAAGACGUGAUGCGGCGUCGCUCCGACCUGAUCAAGCGACUGCUGCGUGACGCGCAAGGACCGGAGACGAACCUCAUCGUGCGCGGGUUGCAGCAGAAGAUGCGCAUCGGACUGGCUGAGCCGUCCGCACUCGCGGCGAUUGGCUACGCCUUCGCUUUGCACUUUCUGGGCAGCAAACAGAUGCACCGCAUGAGUGAAGGGGAGCUGCAGUCCAUGCUGAACACCGGCGCGACCAACCUCGCCCGCAUCUUCUACGAGGUGCCGAGCCUGGACGUGGUGCUGCGUGCCGUGCUUGAUUACGGCUUCAUGGUUUUGGUGCCCGGCAGCACCGUGUCGAAGCAGCACACGCGUGCCUUGUCGAUUCGCCCUGGCCUGCCGGUGAAGCCGCAGCUGGCCCACCCCACCAGUGGCAUCACCGUCAUUCUGGACCGCCUGAAUGGCAAGCGAUUUACGUCCGAGUACAAGUACGACGGCGAGCGUGCGCAGAUCCACUACGAAGAAGGCAAAGGCUUCCAGAUCUUUUCGCGCAACUCGGAGACGCACACGGGGAAGUAUCCGGAUGUGAUAGCGAUGCUCCCCAAGACGUUUGACGCGGACAAGGUGCACUCCUUCAUCGUUGACUCCGAGGUCGUGGCAGUGCACCCGGAGACCGGCGGGCUGCAGGCGUUUCAGGUUUUGCAGCACCGCGGCCGCAAGAACAUCGCCGAGGAGGACGUCCGCAUCCCCGUGUGCGUCUUCGCCUUCGACAUUUUGUACUUCAACGGUGCACCGCAGCUGGAGAAGACGCUGCAGGAGCGGCGGCAGGUGCUGUGGGGUGCCCUCCACCCGCUCCCGUCCGCCUUCGCUUUUGCGACGCACUUGGACAGCGACAACGUCGAGGACAUGCAAAAGUUUCUAGACAAGUCCAUCGCGGACGGCUGCGAGGGCUUGAUGGUGAAGACGCUGGAGGAGGAGGCGACCUACACCCCAGCGAAGCGCUCGCACUACUGGCUGAAGCUGAAGAAGGACUACAUGGACGGCGUCACCGACACGCUCGACCUCGUGCCCAUCGCCGCCUUCUACGGAAAAGGGAAACGCACCGGCGUCUUUGGCGGCUUUCUGCUCGCCUGCUACGACCCCGAGUCGGACGAAUACCAGAGCAUCUGCAAGAUUGGGACCGGCUUCCAGGACGAGGAGCUGGAGCGGCUGACGCAGGCGCUGAAGCCUUUCAUCGUGCAUGAGAAGCCGCGGUACUACCGUGCGGGGGACGAGGGCCCCGAUGUGUGGCUCACCGAGGCACAGGUGUGGGAUGUGAAGGCGGCCGACCUGUCGGUGUCGCCGGUCCACUUCGCCGCUAUUGGGCUGGUGGACCCCACGAAAGGCAUCGCGCUGCGCUUCCCGCGGUACAUUCGCGAGCGGGACGACAAGAAGCCCGCUGACGCAACCAACGCGCAGCAGGUGGCGGAGAUGUACAAGGCGCAGUCGUUGGCCCUCCAGCACGAGGAAGACGAGGACGCUGAGUAG